UGGCUCCGCAGACUGGAUUGGUUUCUCCAAGUUUUUCAUAGUUUAGCGAGUGAUAAGCCAUGGGGAGCGCUGCUCUCUUGAAGCAAAAAAGUAAGAAGGAAGAGAAAGAGAAGGAUAGAAUGCCCAGCGUUUGGCUUUCUCUCAAGAGAUCUCUACAGUGCAAACCAGAGCCAGGCGAAGUCAUUAACCCAGAAGCUAGAAGCCAUAGUUGUUCCAUUCUCAGCAGGACGCUUAGUAGGUCUGGCUGCUCAAGAUCCAUAGCCAGUCUCAAGGAUGUCAUCCAUGGAAGUAAACGACACUUGGAAAGACCACAGAGUUGCAGUCCAAAGUCUAUUGGAAGCAGUGAGUUCCUCAACCCAAUAACACAUGAAGUCAUUAUGAACAAUUCUAAGUGUGAGCUAAGGAUUACCAGCAUCCAUGGCCGCUGCGAGGAAGACACAGGAGGUAUGAGUUCUCCCAUUGAGGGUACUUUGAGGCCAGGGACUCCAGGGCCUUUGAGGGGGGUGGGUAGUCUUACUCCUCCGAGAAGAUCACCUGUUUGGAUUGUUGGUAAGAGAGAGGGCAAUGGAUAUUUUCGAUCAAGUCUUUCUGGUUCCUUAGUUGGAAAUAAUGGAGGUGAUAUGGGAGUUCAUGGUGGUUUUACGCCCAGGACUUCGGUUGAGUAUACUGCUUAUUAUGUGGCGUGUCAGAAAUGUGGAGAACAGCUUUUGAAGUUUGAGGAUUUGGAAGCUCAUCAUUUAUCCAAACAUGCAGUUACUGAAUUAGUAGAAGGCGACUCCUCCAGGAAAAUUGUGGAAAUAAUCUGCAGAACAAGUCUUUUAAAAUCUCAGAUCAGUUGUGGCCGAAUCGACAGAAUCUUCAAAGUUCACAACACACAGAAAACUCUUGCUCGCUUCGAAGAACAUCGAGAAAUGAUCAAAAACAAGGUCAGCAAACUUCCUAAGAAACAUCCUCGUUGCCUUGCUGAUGGAAACGAGCUUCUAAGAUUCCAUGGCACUACAGUCGCCUGCAAUAUCGCCAUUAAUGGGUCUUCAAGCCUCUGCGCUUCACAGAAAUGCAGAGUUUGUCAAAUCAUAAGGCACGGAUUCUCAGCAAAAGAGGACCUCCGGGGAGGAAUUGGAGUUUUUACAACUUCAACAAGUGCGAGAGCUAUUGAAUCGAUUGAGUUAUGUGAUGACGAUUCUUCAAUAAAGAAGGCAUUGUUGGUUUGCAGGGUUAUUGCAGGGAGAGUUCACAGGCCAUUAGAAAACUUUCAGGAGAUUGCUGGCCAAUCUGGUUUUGAUUCUUUGGCUGGGAAAGUUGGUCUCUAUUCGAAUAUUGAAGAGCUCUAUUUGCUAAAUCCUUUGGCUCUCCUACCUUGCUUUGUGGUAAUUUUUAAGGUUUGAAGGAGUUCAAUAGUUGUUAUUUAUUGUAAUAUUUGAGGUCUGCUCUAAUUGCGUUUGAAUAUUAUAGUGAUGAAUAUAAUA